AUGCCCCUCUUUCCCCUCCGGAUCCCAUCGCUCGUCAGACCUGGGCACUCUUUACUUCCCCGGUUAACUUCUUCUGGUCCUCGCCCAUUCGCCUGUCGUCGCUUCUUUUACGGACACAUCAGUGACACCAAAAUGGCGCCGCAGCUCGAGCCCUUUUUCAAGCAGGUCGAUUCCUCGUCGGAGGCCUUCAUUGAUCGCCUGCGCAAGGCAGUUGCUAUCCCGUCAGUUUCGGCGCAGGAUGAGAACCGUAAGGAUGUCUUCCGCAUGGCUCAGUUCCUGGCCGACGAACUCAAGGCUCUCGGUGCCGAGGUCGAGCAAAGACCACUGGGCAAGCAGCCUGGCAAGGAACACCUCGACCUCCCACCCGUCGUCGUUGCUCGUUACGGUAACGAUAAGAACAAGCGCACCAUCCUGGUCUACGGUCACUACGAUGUGCAGCCUGCUCUGAAGGAGGACGGUUGGGCCACGGAGCCGUUUGAGCUGACCAUCGAUGAGAAGGGUCGGAUGUAUGGUCGUGGUUCCACGGACGAUAAAGGACCCGUGCUCGGCUGGCUCAAUGUGAUCGAAGCUCACCGCAAGGCCGGCGUUGAGAUGCCCGUCAAUCUGCUCUGCUGCUUUGAGGGAAUGGAGGAGUACGGCUCCGAGGGUCUGGACGAGUUCAUCCAGGCUGAAGCCAAGCACUACUUCAAGGACGCCGAUGCGGUCUGCAUUUCUGACAACUACUGGCUCGGCACGGAGAAGCCCUGCCUGACCUACGGUCUGCGCGGUUGCAACUACUACUCCGUCAGCAUCUCGGGUCCUGCCCAAGAUCUCCACAGUGGUGUAUUUGGUGGCUCUGCUCACGAGCCCAUGACCGACCUGGUGAACGUUUUGUCCAAGCUGGUAGAUGCUCAGGGCAACAUCCUCAUCCCCGGGCUCAUGGAUCUGGUAGCCCCUCUGACCGAAGAGGAGAAGGCCCUAUAUCCCAACAUCAGUUAUACCAUGGAUAACCUUCACGAAUCGCUCGGCAGUGAGACUGGUAUUCAUCCAACUAAGGAGCGAACCCUUAUGGCCCGCUGGAGAUACCCUUCCCUGUCGAUCCACGGUGUCGAGGGAGCCUACUCUGCCCGGGAGCCAAGACGGUCAUUCCCGCCAAGGUGA